AUGGACGCGGUGCGCGCACCGAGCGAUGCGAUGGGUGACGGAUCCGACGGCCGCGGGCGAGGGAAACGCGCGCGAAAAGCGGUCGAGACGUUCGUCGUCGACGUCGCCCCCGCGCGCGCGAGUAAGAUUGAGAUCGGCCGCGGGAAGGGGACGAAGCUGUCGGAGAUCCCGAACGUCGCGUUUCGCUUGUCGAAGAUUUCGAGAAAGGAGGACAUUUUGAAAUUCAUCUAUCGCGUCCUGUACAAGGGGACGCCGCGACAGCUGACGGUGAAGCGGGACAUCGGUGAGUUCUCGGGAUGGACGUUCGAGAGCGAUGGCGAGCGCGCUGUGAAGGAAGAUUUGUUGAUGCGGGCGUAUAAGGAAACGUUGCACGAGAUUUUGGAUUUGUUCGAGGUCCCGCGAGGGAGCGGCGCGGAGGCGAAGAAGGAGUCGCAAGUCGCGCGGUUGAUGGCGUUCCUGGACGCGCCCAAAGCGAGUGGGAAGAAGUCGCUCGCGGAGGCGGCGGAGAAAAAGAAGAAGGCAAAGGAUCGGCAGCGGACGACGAAGAGUGCGACUUCGGCGAAGAAGGACGCAGCGAGCGGCGGCGGGUUGGCGAAACACGUGGCUUUGAUUAAAAAGCUGCGCGCGGAAAACGCGGCGCUGAAGAAGAAGAUUGUCGAGCUAACGGGUAAGGAAGAAGCGGAAGAAGACGGAGAUGACGAAGAAGAGGAGGAGCAGGAGGAAGAAGAAGAAGAAGAAGAAGAAGAAGAAGAAGAAGAAGAAGAAGAAGAAGAAGAAUCCGAGGACGAAGAGGAUUCCGACGAAGAGUUCACCGCGAAGAAUCCUGCGCCGAAGAAGCCGAAACCGACGCCCGCGCCCGCGAAAGAAGCGCCAAAAUCGUCAGAUGCUCCAAAGCCGGCGCCUCCGACGCCCAAAUCGGCGCCAGUGGAGCCUACACAACCAAAACCUUUGGAACAGACGCCGCAACCGGAACAAGCCGCGCAGCAGCCGACAAAACCCGCGCCGAGCGCUGAGGAUCUUGCCAGCGCGAUUCGCACCAUGCUCGCAAGCGCCGAUAUGAGCGAAGUAUCCAUGAAGACUAUCCGUAAAGACAUGGAGGCCAAGUUUGGUAUUUCUUUCGCCGAUCGCAAGGAAGAAAUCAAGACCGUCGUGACGAGCUUCAUUGAAAAUCAAGCUUAG